GAUGCAGUGAGGCGGUCCCGAACAGGAGUGAAAAAAAAAAAAAAAAAAAAGAGAAGAAGUUGGUCUUAAGGCAGUUUUGUUGUAUUGUUUCUGAAUAUAUCUUGGGGUAUUAACGUUUGACCAAAAACUAUGGCUUCUUCGGAUGUUGCUCGGCAGCCGGACAAAGGAGUCCGGCCCCUGUCCCUGGCUGGCCAUGUGGGCUUUGACAGCCUCCCGGAUCAGCUCGUCAACAAAUCGAUCUGCCAGGGCUUCUGCUUCAAUAUACUUUGCAUCGGUGAAACUGGCAUCGGCAAGUCUACCCUGAUGGACACUCUGUUCAAUACCAACUUUGAGAACUUUGAGUCGUCCCACUUUGAGCCUCAGGUGAAGCUACGGGCUCAAACCUACGAUCUACAGGAGAGUAACGUUAGACUACGCCUUACUGUGGUCAACACCGUGGGCUUCGGAGACCAAAUGAACAAACAAGAGAGCUAUCAGCCGGUGGUGGACUAUAUCGACAGGCAGUUUGAGAGCUAUCUACAGGAGGAGCUAAAAAUCAAGCGCUCUCUUCACAACUACCAUGAUUCGCGAGUCCACGCCUGCCUUUACUUUAUAUCCCCCUCAGGCCAUUCACUCAAAUCCCUGGACCUGGUCACUAUGAAGAAACUAGACAGCAAGGUGAACAUCAUCCCAGUGAUCGCCAAAGCUGACACCAUCAGUAAGAGCGAGCUGCACAAGUUCAAGAUCAAAAUCAUGAGUGAGCUUGUCAGCAACGGCGUCCAGAUCUACCAGUUCCCCCUGGAUGACGAGACUGUAGCUAAGGUCAACACUACAAUGAAUGGUCAUUUGCCGUUUGCUGUAGUUGGCAGCACAGAGGAGGUCUCUGUUGGCAAUAAGAUGGUGAAGGCUCGUCAAUAUCCGUGGGGUGUGGUACAAGUGGAGAACGAGAAUCACUGUGACUUUGUGAAACUGAGAGAGAUGCUGAUCUGUGUAAACAUGGAGGACCUGAGGGAGCAGACUCACACUCGCCACUACGAACUGUACAGACGCUGCAAACUGGAGGAAAUGGGAUUUAAAGACACCGGCCCAGAGAGCAAACCUGUCAGCUUGCAGCAGACUUAUGAAGCCAAGCGUCAGGAGUUCCUGGUGGAGCUGCAGAAGAGAGAGGACGAGAUGAGGCAGAUGUUUGUGCAGAGGGUGAAGGAGAAGGAGUCUGAGCUGAAGGAGGCUGAGAGAGAGCUGCAAAGUCGUUUUGAGCAGCUGAAGCGCCUCCAUGCAGAUGAGAAAGCAGCUCUGGAGGAAAAGAAGAGACUCCUGGACGAGGACCAGAGUUCCUUCAGCAAGAGACGAGCUGCCGCCCAGCUCCUGCAGGCCCAGAGCCUCACCGCUAACGGCAAGAAAGACAAGGACCGCAAGAACUCUGGCUUCAUGUGAAGACAUCGGGAGCCGAAGUACACUCUAGUAUGACCAGUAUAACCAGUGACAUUCUGCCCACAUCUUUUCCAGCCCUUUGUGGCCAGUCUCAAACACUAAUCAGGAAACCCCCACACAAACCAGCAGUGUGUGCGAGUGUGAGUUUUGAUUUUGUGCCAAAGUUUAAUGACUGUACCCAUGAAUCCUGUGUACACUUUCCUCAAUGGUAUUUUUAAUCUUCUUUGUGGGUUUUAUACCUCUGUGUAAUAUUUUAUAUUUAUCCUUUCAUUUUUAUAUAAAACCUUUAUUUUCCAUAUACCUCCCCUUUUUUUUUUUUUUUUUUUAAACUUCUGCCCAGACUGAGGGGCACCCCAGGGUGUUGAUCCUCACACAGCCUCCUCACUAGAUGCUGUACAUUAAUCAAAGGACUUGAAUAGGUACAAACAAUACAUUGAAAGGGACCUCUUCAGUUACAUUUAAUCUGUCUGCCAUAUCUAUAAUAACAGCACUCUUAUUGAUUUGGAACGCAGUCUUAGGAGUUCGCUAAAGAGACAGUCAAACUUCUGUAACAUGCCUCUUACAGACAUGCUCGUCUUCAUGAGGAGAUUUUGGUCUCAAUGUCAAAACAAGUACACAAGUAUGCGUAUGAUGUUAAUCUGUCCGACGUAGUAAAAUUUAUGUUACACCUCUAACACAGCUCAAGUUGUAAGCGAAUGCAAACAUAAAGUAAAAGCUACAAUAGCAUAAAUACCUUAUGCUAUUGUAGCUUUCUAAUGCACAAAGAAACGUAAAAGACUGUAAAUGAAACCAAUUUAACGUGUAGAAGAAAUGACUCUGUAUUUUCAUUCAUUUAAUUUUUUCUGUGGUGAGGUAAAAGUGGAGCAAAACCCUUCAGACAGCCACAGUAGUCGUCAGAACAUUAGUCUCCGUACAUUUUCAGCUUUUGUUCAUGCCAACCACUUAAAAAUCCAGCAAAGUGUUUAAAUACAGCAUGCCACAACUCAACAGCUUGUUAUUUUUAACUACAUCUUGGCAUUGUCAGAUGGUAUAAAAUAGGAAGCAGGAUUUUAUGUUCUAUACAUAAUUGAUGACAGACAAAUUUAUCAGGAGAUCCACAUGGUUGGUAAGACUAGUGAGAAGCGGAGGCGAGCAGAUAAUAGAGAGAUAAACAAUCAACAAUCCAUCACGUUAUUAUUUAUUCAACACACAGCUGUUCUCCAGCAGUGCUGCCGCUGCGGUGAGAAGGAAUAUAGUGCGAGCGCUGCAGCUCUAUGUGUAAUUGCCCUGUCAUAUUUUAAAUAGAGCCGUUACAGAAUAUUGACUCCACAGAGGCCUGUGUACAAUAUGUUUGAAUGCCAAAACUUCCUUUUAAUUUAACAGAUUUGUAGCUAGCAAUGUUGCAGAGACCAUGUCUGGAAAGGGCUGACAUAAGCACAGGGCAUUAUUAUUCCUUAUCCAUCUUCUGUAUUAUGUUUGGCUUUUUUUUUUUUUCCUCACACCUCCUUGAUGUUAUAAACUUUUACUGUGAGUACACCAGCAUUACAAAAACCUGCAGCAGCCACUCUGAUUCUCAGUUGUUUUAAAGGGAAAUGGUUUAAACUUCUUUUGUCCAAUCACAGCUUUACGGUUUUCUAGGAGGGUGAGGCUGAUGCUUGGGUUUCGGAUUAGGUACAUGUUAUUGCAUAUAUAUUCAUAUAUAUAUAUAUUUUUGUUUUUGUUUUACUUGCUCCCUUAUUUUUCCUUCUGACACAAACCGUGGAAGUCAGGCUGAAAACAGCUGACUCACGGAAAUCAUGUGUAGUCAGUGUUGAGGGGAAUGCACGAAGAGAGGGAGGUUCGAUUUGUGACUGUAUUUUUUUUUUAUUUCUUUUUUUCUUUCUUUCUGGAGUCAUUAUGAGACAGGGUUUCACACCUCAAAGCAUUUUAACAGUACAGACUAAACCAGAACACUGUGGUACUGGUUCCCAGUAAAGUGUGAUUUAUAAACUACCAUUUACUCACAGACACUGCCACUUUAUAUUUACACUAGUGCUUAUGAUGUGUGAGUGCCUUAUCUAUGUGAACGUUACAAAAAUCCACUAUCCACUUAACUUUUACAUCCAGGGAAACACACCAAUGCCUAAUGGAUUAACAGUUGUCUUGUUUGUACUACACUUGUAUUUAAGGAAUAAACAGUGUUAUUUGGGAGCUUUUUUUUCCUGCUUUCUAAAUAAAUCUUUGUAUUUUUGUCAUGAUA